CGGACCGGGAGGCAGGGACCCCCAGCCCCACCGCCCGCACCUGCGGGGCCGCAGGCGCUCAGGCGCCGCAGCCGCUCAGCACCUGCGGCACCCGCAGGGAGCCGGGCGCGCGGCCCUGCGCACUCGGAGCUCGGCUCCUCUCCUCCUUCCUUUUCUUUUUUUUCGGGGACAGAGGUGGGGGCUGGUUUGGAUGUUUUUCGAGAGCCGGGGACGGUCUCAAGCUGUUUUCGCGGAGGGAAGUCUUUGAAAUACGACAUCUAGAAGAGUGACCCUCGGCGACAAUGCUGGGCGUUCCCGGACCGGGGCAACGCUGGGAUUCCGGGGAAGUGGAGGCAGAGGGAGCGGGCACGGGGCCGGCAGGCGCUCCACGGAGUCCCCGGCAGGGGCGAGCUUAGCUGUCCGGCCGGGUUCCCUGCCCACCCCGGCGCGGGCCGCGGUGACAGCUGAGGGUCCAGAGAGCCGGCAGGAGGGGACCCUGCGCAUUGUCUGCCGCGAUGGGGACGUGGGCGUGCCCGCGGAAUUCACCUCCUCCGGGGACCAGCCGCCCAGGGAGGAGCCGGCACAGAACGCUGGCUCGGAGCGCCGGCACCCUGGGCCUUUGCGUUGUUUGUCGGCUGAGCAGCUGGUUCCCGGAGCCCGUGGGCCUCCUGGCCAAUGCGAGUGACAGCGACCUUCUGGGUUUAUAAUAAAGGGCUUGACGCGCCGGAAAGUCCCCUCGCCGCUGGCCACCAGCCUUCCAGCCCUUACGGCCCACGCUGUGAUCCUGGUGACCGAGAAGCUCUUUGCCUGGAAGGUGCCUGCCUGCCUGCCUGCCGGCCCUUGAACUUAAAUUGUCUGAAGUUGUAGAGCAGAGCCACUGCCAGAAGGAAGGGGACAAGACCCAGCAGGACACCUUCUUUCCAUGCUUUCCAGCCUGUGGGAGCGGCAGGGGCAACAGAGAGGGAACCUGGAGCCGGGAUUAAUGACCCGUUUAUGAAGCAUCUUAUUCUGCGACCAAGGCUCGGUGGUCAGUGGCGACGUAAAUGGCUCGACUCCCCGCUGGCAUUCGCUUCAUCAUCUCAUUCUCCAGGGAUCAGUGGUACAGAGCCUUCAUUUUUAUUUUGACAUUUCUGCUGUAUGCAAGUUUUCACUUAUCUCGAAAGCCUAUCAGCAUAGUUAAGGGUGAGCUCCACAAGUAUUGCACUGCUUGGGAUGAAGCUGACGUCAGAUUCAGCAGCCAGAGCAGCAAGUCUGGGUCCGUUGCCCCCCACCAGCUCCCUGACAAUGAGACCGACUGUGGCUGGGCACCGUUUGAUAAGAACAACUAUCAGCAGCUGCUUGGGGCCCUGGACUACUCCUUCCUGUGCGCCUAUGCCGUGGGGAUGUACCUCAGUGGCAUAAUUGGGGAACGCCUGCCGAUUAGGUAUUACCUAACCUUCGGGAUGCUCGCCAGUGGAGUCUUCACCGCCCUGUUCGGCUUAGGGUAUUUCUGCAACAUCCACAGUUUUGGAUUCUACGUGGUAACUCAGGUCAUCAACGGGCUGGUGCAGACCACCGGCUGGCCCAGCGUCGUCACCUGCCUCGGCAACUGGUUUGGAAAAGGAAGGAGAGGUUUGAUUAUGGGGGUCUGGAACUCCCACACCUCUGUGGGCAACAUCUUGGGGUCAUUGAUCGCUGGCUACUGGGUGUCCACGUGCUGGGGCCUGUCCUUCGUCGUGCCUGGAGCCAUCGUGGCAGCCAUGGGGAUAGUGUGCUUUCUCUUCCUCAUUGAACAUCCGAAGGAUGUCAGGUGCUCCUCCACCCUGGUGACGCACUCAAAAGGCUAUGAGAAUGGUACAAACAGAUUGAGACUCCAGAAGCAAAUCUUGAAGAGCGAAAAGAACAAGCCUCUGGACCCAGAGAUGCAGUGCCUGCUGCUCUCAGAUGGGAAAGGCUCCAUCCACCCGAACCACGUCGUCAUUCUCCCCGGGGACGGUGGGAGUGGCACAGCCGCCAUCAGCUUCACAGGGGCCUUGAAAAUUCCAGGCGUGAUAGAGUUCUCGCUGUGUCUGCUGUUCGCCAAGCUGGUCAGCUAUACUUUCCUCUUCUGGCUGCCCCUGUACAUCACGAAUGUGGAUCACCUUGAUGCCAAAAAAGCGGGGGAGCUCUCCACCCUGUUUGACGUGGGCGGAAUCUUCGGUGGGAUCCUGGCAGGUGUGAUCUCAGACCGACUGGAGAAAAGGGCCUCCACCUGCGGCCUGAUGCUGCUGCUCGCGGCCCCCACGCUCUACAUCUUCUCCACCAUCAGCAAGAUGGGGCUUGAGGCCACCAUCGCCAUGCUGCUGCUCAGCGGAGCCCUGGUCAGCGGGCCCUACGCACUCAUCACCACCGCCGUCUCCGCCGACCUGGGGACUCAUAAAAGUCUGAAAGGCAACGCGCACGCCCUCUCCACCGUGACGGCCAUCAUCGACGGGACCGGCUCUGUAGGAGCAGCCCUGGGCCCCCUGCUGGCUGGGCUCCUCUCCCCGUCCGGCUGGAGCAAUGUGUUUUACAUGCUGAUGUGUGCAGAUGCCUGUGCCUUACUGGUAAGUCGGCCUAUUUUUAGUCCAAUCCACCUUGAAUGCAGAUCUCUGUGGUUGUGGCCAAACACUGGUGGAACUUUCUCCCAUGCAUUCCUGAGUUGUCAGAGAGGUGUGGGUCUUCCCAUCUUUUCUAAAUAUGCAUGGUCUAAAGCUCCUUCUCUCUCUGAUUAGAAAAGGUCAGAAACAGAAGCAGGACAGUCUUGCUCUGCAGCCUUGGGCGGGAUAGCACAAAGGCCAGGAGCACAGAGCUCUGUGGCUCUGGAUCCUGCCUGUCACCUGUCAUGUGUGUGACUUGGGCAGGUUUCAUAACCUCUGCUCCACAGCUUCCACAGCUUUAAAAUGGGCAUGAUAAUGGCACCCAGUGACAAGAUUGUUGUGGAAUUAAAGCAGAUGAUACAUAGAGCCCGGCCUCCCAGUGGUCAUCAGUGUCCUGGUGUCCCUCCUGCAGCCAUGCUGUCAGACGGCGGGAGUGGCCCCAACUUCUUUCACCUGAAGGGAUGGGAGAGAAUAAAGGAGGGAAGAGGUUGCCAGUGCAGACGCCGAGUUGCCUUCUGGCUUCUGCCGCCUUUUCUCUGGGCUCCUGCUUCUGUGCCCUCCUGUGUUGAGAAAGUUUGAGGUUUUCCCCUAGGUAGGGAAGACCAGUGAUGAUGUCACAGUCACAUAGAUGUGCACUUGUGAGGGGCGCAUACACAUCUUUACAAGUCACCUGGCCACAAAGUCCCCAGACCCACAGCCAUGCCUCUCCUCUCACUUCAGCAGACAAAACCUUAGGCUGAUCCCAAUAAAAAUGAGUUGAGAAUUUUAGAAAUAUCAACUCAAUUAAAGUCUUAUAUUUUAAUUCCAGGAAAUUCUAAAACUCAACUUCCCCACCACAUACAAAAUCAAAUACCAACUGUCAACCUAUGAAUUUACUAGGUUUCAAUGGCUGUUCUUUGGAUCAUCUGUGGGUUUUUUUAAUGCCUGAAUGUUCUAAUGAAGCCUCCAGAUGGAUUUCCACUAAGUAGCAGUAAAAUUCCUGUCAUUACAACUGUUCAGAGAAUCUGAAAUAUCUUCUUCAGAAAUAUCUGGUAAUAUAUAUUGAAAAUUGUUUUGAUGCUUAGCCAAACUCAUAAGAAAGUAAAGGAAUUCCCCAGGAGCCAGAAUUGUAAAGGCAAUAUAAAUACACAAUCUCAGGAAUCAACGGGUUGGGGUGGUUGUGUCCACACUGGGUAAGAGACAAGGCGUUAGGUUGGCACAAGAUGAAGAUUUGGAACUGGAGACUUCGUCAUAGAGCCAGGACCCUCAAAGAGCCAUGCUUGCAGUGAAGGAGUGUACUAGAUGAUAUCUGCACACUGGCACAGGAAGAUAAUGGGAAUCUGCCCAUCUUAGCCAGAUUAUGGGGAAAAAAUCUCCCUUGAACAUAUUUAGCCAUAGACCUCUGCACAGUCAGCUUUAAUCUUUGAGCUUAUAUAAAUAUAUUUUAAAUGAGCAAAGUUGGUCCUUAGGCAGUGAUAAUGCAGAAGCAAAUAGGGACAAAUCUCAACCCUGCAGCAUAGGAUUUCUGUAGCUAACACCCUACUAAAGAUGAGCUCACAAUCCAAAAUCAUGAAACAUAAGGAAGCAAUCCACUUUGAAUGACAGUAACAGACAUAAAAAAAUGGUGGACUUGGACUCCCCCAAAACUGCAGAUAAAAGAGUUAUAUAAACUAAAAAUAAAUUUAUGCAAUGUUACUAAUGAUAUAAGAAAAAGGAACUGACCUCAUGAAAAAAGAACAAGACACUAUCAAAAAGACAGAGCAGGCUUCAAAAACAACCAAACAGGAGUUAUAGAAAUGAAAAAUGUGAUCUUUAGCCUGGAAAAAGACUCAAUGGAUGGGUUAGAAAAGCAAAUUAGAUACAGCUGAAGAGAAGAUUACUGAAGUGAAAUAUAGAUAUGAAGAAAUUAUCCAGAAUUCAGCACAAAAAGAUGGAAAAUAUUAAAGAGAAAUUAAAUAUAAAAUGGAGGACCAAAUGAGAUGGCCUAAUAUUAUCUGAAAGUAAUUCCAGAGGAAGAUAAUAGACUGGAUUUGAAGCAAUAUUUUAAGUGAAAAUAGCUGAGAAUUUUCCAGAUACAUGAAAGACAAACAUUCUUAGAUUCAGAAAUCAAAUGACUUAGAAUUCUGUACCUAGAUAAACUUGCAUGCAAGAGUAAGGGUGAAGUGAAAACAUUUUUAACGAAAGAUGCUCCCAGCAAAAAUUGCUAAACAAUGUAUUUAAAGAAGGAAGAUAGAUCCAGAAGGAAAGUCUGAGAUGCAAGGAGAAAUGCAAGCAAAAAAAAGUGAUAUUCCUAAGGAUGAAUCUAAAUGAGUAUUGACCAUAUAAAAUAGGGGCCAGCUAACUGUGGCCUAUUUUUGUAUGAUGCUCCAGCUGGGAAUGGUUUAUAUUUUUAAAUAUGUCUUUAAAAAAUCAACAAAAGAAUGUGCAACAGAGACCAUAUGGCUGCAAAGCCUGAAAUAUUUACUAUCUAGACCUUUACAGAAAAAGCUUUCUGACUCUUAGUUUAAAACAACAGCAAUAAUGACGAAUUUGGGCAAUAUAAAAAAAGAACUGAAAUACUGAAAAUGUAAGGUACAAGUGGGACAAUGAGAGUUCCAGCACACUGCAGUUCUUAUAUUGUCAAGCCAAUAGCAAGAGCAUGUAUAACCUUCAAGGCAAUACAGGGAAAUGAAGACUUAAUCUAAGAGAACCUAGGGUCAGGGGAAGCAUAGAAAAAACAGGGUAAAUACAGAAAUACAGAGCAACAUGGAUGAAAAUGAUCCCAGCAAACCAGCAACACAGGAACAAUAAAUGAACUAAACUCAUCAGUUAGGAGCAGAGAUUGUCAGGUUGCUUUUAAAAAUACAGGCACUGGUUAUUUACAAGAAACACACCUGCUACGCUGGAAUUCCGAAAAGACAAAAGUAAAAGAAUGGGAAAGUACACGACAGGUAAAUAAUAACCAGAGGAAGCUGGAUUUGCUGCAUUGGAAGAAAGAGACCUAAAGUUGAAGCACUUGGGAGAUGGGGGCUUGUUGCAGUGGAGAAGGAACUGUACCAGGAUGUGCAGCAGGCCCGUGAGCUUGAGUUGGGCUUUUCAAACCUAAGAACUAGACAUACCUUUUUCUCUUCACUGAUCAACAUGCUUUUUGGUAUCUUUUCACCAAAAUAGACAAGUGUUUCCUCCCAAUUCUGGGGCUGAGAACCUCCAUGAUCUGAGCAGGUGUCCUGGGGGGCCGGAGGGCACCAUGCUUCCUGCCUCACAACGCACACUGAUGGCCAGCUCCGGGGCCUGCAGGACUGCCAACAUCACUGCCUCAGCCUUGGCUCCUCUCCGGACCCAGAGCUUUAACUCCAUGCCCUGGAGACUCAGGUCUCCAGUGCGUGUCGCCUGGGCUCCUGGAGUUGGCAGGGCCCCUCCUUGUUGGUCAUUCUUGCAUGCGUGAGCCAAACACGUGGGCAUGUUUUGAAAUUGGAUCUCUGUUCUUCAGAACUGUUAUCAUUUACAGUUCAUCCCAUACCCACAGAUAACACUUGCUACUACAUUCUUCAUCUUUUUCUCUCUCUUAAUGAUCGGCUUUUCAUAAUCAUAGGCCUCUUCGGGCUAGCACUUUUCAUACAUCACACUUGGCAGGAUGUAGAUGUGGGUAAGGUACCGGCUCAAACAACAAGCCUGUGCCGAUAGUUGGAGCUAGAGGUUCAGAUUCACACAGAUGGAUUUAUUUAACAAAAAUCUUGCUAUUGCCACCAGCACUAUUGUUAGUACCUGCCGUGUUCCCACGACCUUUACCACCUAAUUGUCGCAAACACCUUUCAUGCACCAAGCAGAGCAGCUGGAUUCAUCUUAUCUGUAGGAGGGGCCCCUGUUCUCUCCAGCUUGAACUCACUUCAUACAAGGGACUCCUAAGCUCCUACUUGAACCAUAAGCACCUAAGGAAAUAGAAGAGUUUCUGCCUUCUAGAGCUCUGACCUGAGGCUUGGGGGUGGGGCCAUGUGUUUGGUUUUUAAGUAGCCCCUCGAGACCCUCCAGCACCCCUUCCCUGCCUCCCCUGGACCAGUGAUCCACCCUGGGUCUGAGGGCAUCUGCUGCCUCUAAGAAUGAGGGGCCACGUCCAGGGAGAGCCCUCCUGUGGGCUGAUGUCACACUUGGGGAGAGAGUGGAUCCACACUGGAAAAUGCACUAGUUAAACUGGAGGUAGCACAAUCAUUUGUCUGGAUUUGCGGGCUGGCGUUGAGCCCUCGAACAUGUGAAGGGCACGGAGUUAAAGCUCUAGGUCCAGAGAGGAGCCAAGGCUGAGGCAGUGAUGUUGGUGGAAAGCCCUGGGCCCUGGCCAGGCCUGGCCUCCAAGGGGCUCCCAGUGGGGUGCAGCUGUCCUAUGACAGCCUCUUCAGACCCCGGGGUGGCAUCAGAGGAGACGCUAACCUGGCUUUAGAGUCGCCUGAGAAGCUCACAGGUCCACCCCCUGGGCCACCAGCAUUAUGGUCCUCUUGUCUUUAUUUUCUUUUUCCCCCUGUGGACACUUUAUGAUUGGAUUAAUUUUAUUCUAAACAUGACUUGAACCCAGAAGUGUUUCAGGCUGCAUCUUUCCCAAAAGCCUUGUUCUCAGGGCAACUCCUGGUUCUUCGUGGGCCCUCAUCAGACAGCCCUGCCCACAGGAGCCACGGCCUCGGGCUGAGCAUGCCGGCCCCACUGCUCUUGCAGGGAGGUGACCCCAGGGAAGGUGCUGUGGGGAGAGAGCCACCUGCCCAGGCCUUGCAGGCCAGGUCCUCACGGUGCCCACAGCGCGGGCCGCCCUGUGCCUGCUCCAGUAACAGGUGGG